GGAGGGAGGAGGAGGAGCAGCGUAUCCUCUGGAUAGAUGUGAGAGAAAAAGGAGUUCGAGGGAGCUGCGCCGUGAUCGGCGGCGAUCAUUAGAAGGGGCAGCAGGAGGAGAGGAGAAAAGGAGGAGGUUCAGUGAAGCGGAGUGAUGGAGCUGUCAGCUAUCGGUGAGCAGGUGUUCGCCGUGGAGUCGAUCGUAAAGAAGAGGGUCAGAAAGGGGAAUGUGGAGUAUCUGCUCAAAUGGAAAGGAUGGCCUCCGAAGUACAGCACCUGGGAACCAGAGGAACACAUUCUAGACCAGCGUUUGGUUCAGGCAUAUGAAGAAAAGGAACAGAGAGACAGAGCUCUGGGCUACAGGAGGAAAGGAGCGAAAGGAAAAAGGUUGCUGCUGCAGGACACCGUCUACACUAUGGAUCUCCGCAGCGCUCACAAGGCACCAGAGAAACCUCCUCACCUGCGUCUCUCACAGUCUCAGUCACAGGUCUCGGAGGAGGAUGAGGAAGAUGAAUCCUACGGUUCCUCCAGAUACGACUUACGACAUCAGGAUGAGAAAUCCAGGACAUCUCUGAUCAAAUACCUCGACUCUGACCCUCCAAGUCCAUCACAGGAGGACUGGAACGAGGAAGAGGAAGAGGAAGAGGAAGAGGAAGAGGAAGAGGAAGAGGAAGAUCACGUGGAGGAAGAGGAGGAGACAGUGGUGGUGGAAACAGAGACUACAGAUGGCGACGUUACUGAAAAGACAGACAGAUGGUGUUCCACGAUCACACCAGAUGAGGUCACUGUAUUAGAGGACUCUUGGAGCCCAGUCAUCAGUCCAGGAGAUGUAACAGUCACAGACGUCACCCUCAACUCCCUGACAGUGACUUUCAGAGAGUCCAGAGCAUCCAGGGGUUUCUUCAGAGGCUGGGGCCUGGAGGUCUGACCUUUGGUGGGCUGUGAGAAGGUCGCAGAAGGACGGAAAGGCUUUGAGUUUGCCAGAUGUUGUAAACUAUAGUCAGGUUGGUGUAAGGUGAAGGAUGAAGGAUGUAAGAUGAGGUCAAUGUGAAGUCUUUGAAUAAAAAGGCAGGACAUUCCUCUGUUUUCUGGGAAAUCAGAGAAGAGAGAGUUCUGGUCAAUACACGGCAGUAAAGAAGAACGGUCCAGUUACUUGGCUACAUUUACUGUAGCCUGCGUGGAGUCUACUUUCUCUGCAUGUGUGUGUGAUUUUGUAUGGUCAGCACCACAGCUUUGGUGUCGGUGUUAGCUAACUAGCUACGUAGCUGUGUCCUAUUUCCAGUACUGCAGCCUACACAUUUGUAUUUAUCUGCUAAAAGUUGCAGAAACUUGUCCCAGUGCAGCGGUGUUGUCUCUGCUCCAAAUACAGACAACAAAUACUAACGACGCUGCCCACAGAGUAAACUUGUCCUGGCCUGGGUUCGGGCCACACAACUGUUUUUACGUACACAAAUGAAUUACAGGUCUUACAGUAACAUUUUAAAACAACCUAAUUGACUACCAUUAAUUUUGUUGGUAAAUGGUCUUGUGGCAUUUGAGUUUUUUUUAAUUUAAAUAGAAAACAGUUUUAUUUUUUAACUAAAUGUUGGAAAGCGAGAAUAAGUUCAGUUUAUGUUUUCUUAAAUCCGUCCGAUUUACAUUUGUUUGAAUCUCAGAUCUCCUCCUGCACUCUGAUGGACAUGUCACUAUGAGGAGCAGCACAGUAUUAUCUGUCCACCUGUGAUUUGUUGGCAGACUCAUCAAUGGUUUAAUAAGUAAUAAAAAAACCCUCAAAUGUAGCAAAAAUGAAGAUGAAUAAAAUGUAAAAUUUGCACUUUUGUUCAGUCAGUACUGUUUGUUGGAGUUAAAGUGUGGGGGGAAAGUGUUUACAGUGACCACAGAAGGUAAGGUCCAUUUCCAUUUGAGCAGAUACUAAUGUUCUUCAUAUAAGAUAAUAUGUGGUGGACACUAUGUUCUAUAACAGUCUUAAACUUGUUAUAGAAGAGUACUGCUCUGAAUCGAGGACCAAUUCAUAUUUUUUCGUAAAUCUGUGUUGUUCGUCUACUUUUAGCUAUUUGUGUUGUAAACUCAGCUUAACCUCUGUGAGCAGAGAAUCUGUGACAAAUAAACUAAAAUUUCUUCAAAAAAAAAAGAGAAGUCUAUUCCAUCUUUUCCAAUGAGUCUUUAUGUAAUCUGACUCAAAGAGAAUUGAAAGGUGUUAAUGAUUUGAAAAAUUCUAUCUAAAAGUAAAGAGCUGGGACCUUAUAACACUUCAAUUCUGCCAUUUAUUCUGAAGAUGUAUUAUUAGCAACUAUAAAUUAAUUAUGCCGUUAAAAUAUUUCUAUUUGAAAUAUAAACGUAUCCAAUAUUAAUAAAACAAUCUGUUGUCUGUACCUGGGCGGAUUACCCAGAAAUAACCAAAUUAAAAGCAGCCCCAAGUAUGUUAAUGUUAUUAAAGUGAACACUAUUAUUAUUGUUGUUAUUUUAUUUUGCGUCUUCUUCACCAAAGUGACUCUUCCGACCACUACAACCCCAUCACUUCACAGGCAAACCAGCCCGUCCUGCCCGACAUUAACCUCCUCCAGACUCCGAUUGGAAAAGGAGGCUGAAAUGACGGAUGCAGCCGUAGGAGAAACACCGGGGACGGUUCACUCCCAUCCUCACAGUCGGUGUGAUUUCAGAGGGGACCCGCUGCUGAUGUGAGUGCGUGAGUGCGUUUCUCCCCCUUUUUACUUUCACCGACCCUCUGCUCCUUCUCCACCUCCUCCUCUUUCACCACCACCUCCUCCGCUGGCAGAAAUUUAUAAAGAACAAAAAUCGGAGGAGGGAGGGAGGGGGUUUGAUCUACGCCGAGGCUGAAAUCGAGAGGCGAACCCAGGGAAACAGGCGUGAUCGCUACACGGGACUUUCCCCCUCUUAGUCCCCCCAAAAGGAGGGGGAAAAGUCGCAAUAUUGGAUAUCGUGAAGCCAUGAGCUCCUAUAGGGCGUGAAAAACGUCCGCAACUGUGGAUACUUUAUACAUUUUUAUUCGAAAAAAA